AUGGCCUACGCCGUUCGAGACGCAGCUGUCGCUGUCGACGACCUCCUGCCUAGGCAAAAUGGCUGUGUGAAAUGUCUCGAUGCCACUCCCGAGUGUCCAACCUGUCCCGCCGGCCAGAGCUGUCAGAUCACCGUUCCUCUGGUGUGCACAGAAUGCCCGAGGAGUUACUGCGCAGUCAACGACCCGGCCCCCACGCAGGCCCCGGCGCCUAGCAACAAGCCGAGUGCAGGUGCCAUCGCGGGUGGCGUAAUUGGUGGCCUGGUCGUCAUUGCGGCCGUCACCUAUCUGGUCUGGAGGUUCUGCAUCAAGGCCAAGAGACAGCCCAUGGAGGUCGAGCAAUGGGAUGAGGAGCACGACACCGCCGCGAUGGAAGCCGAGAAGUCGUUUGCCGCGAGGAGAGACCAGCGCUCAUCGACGCACACGGCUCACUCGAUCGCCUCGACCGUCCUGACCCGGGCCUCCAACAUCAUCCAGAUCGCCUACAUCCCCGGCGUCACCAACCGCGCGACCCCGACCUCCCCGACCCUUCUCGUCCCCCCUGUUCCCCCAAUCCCUAUCGCUGUCUCCCAGGCGAGCAGCCCCUCGGCUACCGGCGAGGAGCAGCACUUUUUCGUCCCUGGCGACCUCCGCGACUCGACCUACUCUGCUCUGUCGGGCUACUCCGACAGGACGUCGUAUGCCCGCACGUCGUAUGCACCUCGGUCCAGUAUCGCUUCGACCAUCUACGGCAAGAACGCAGUCAUUGUCGCACCGGCACAGACUGGCAUGCGCGCUCGCCCGGCCAUGGUCAGCGUCAAGUCGGCUGCCACGACGGCAUCGGGCGGCAGCACUCCCCCCGUUCCCUCUGUAGACUACGAAAAGUACAACAAGGUGGCCCGGCCUCCCAGCCCCGCUGGCAGCACAUUCAGUGUUGGAUCUACCUUCCUGAACAACGCCAGUGCCCACACCGCCAUGACUGCUCGCCCACAGGUCGUACGCGUAGGCAGUGGCCAGGUGAAGCAGAUUGGCACUGUCAAGGAGGCCGAAUCGGCCGAUGAGGACAACUCGGCAUCCACCUCACCAAACAACAAGGCAAGAGCCUCGGCGGCUGUCACUUUGAUCGACGAUUCGCCAUCACCCGAUCAAGGGCCCUUCUCAGACCCUCCCGCGCACAAAGGACACAAGAGCACAGGCAGCCUGAGCGCGGUGAUCGAAGAGGCCACCAGGAGAGCAUCCCAGAGGAAUACUCUCGGGACCUCUUCGGGCCGCGAGCGCAGUCCUUUUGGGGAUGAGCAUGCCACGAACGACAACUGA